UAAAAGAUGAGCCAUUCAAUGUAAGGGCAUACGUUUUUAUGGAAGCUGAUCCUGUCGUGUUGAAGCCUUGCUCGAGAAGUCCCAUUUGGGCAAAUGUUGAAUGAAGUCAUGGCUAAUGAUUCUGAGUUUUGUAUAGAGGUUCUGAUGACCAAAUGCAAGUUCGUGUUCGAGGGCUUGGCAACUUUGGCUGAUGAUGGGGGUGGCACAGGCAAAUUUGCUAGGGCCAUCGCCAAAAAGUUUCCUAGCAUCAAAUGUACUGUGUAUGAUCUCCCACAUGCGGUUGCUAAUGAAGGAGGAGAUAAGAACGUGGACUUUGUUGCUGGAGAUAUGUUUGAAAGUGUACCCUAUGCUAAUGCAAUCUUACUCAAGUUGAUCCUCCAUGACUGGAGUGAUGAAGACUGUACGAAAAUUCUGAAGAACUGCAGAAAGGCCAUUGCAGAGAAACACGAGGGUGGUAAAGUGAUCAUUAUAGACAUUGUAAUGGGAAGCCAGAUACAAGAUAAAGCAUCACUUCAAACACAGAUCAACACGGACAUGCAGAUGUUGGUUGCGCUCGGUCCUGCUAAAGAAAGAACUGAGAAGGAAUGGGCAAAACUGUUUAUGGAGGCUGGAUUUACUAGCUACAAGGUAUAUCCAAUCUUGGGUACCGUAAGGUCCCUGAUUGAGGUUUAUCCUUAAA